GUUCCGGGAAUGAUGACACAAGUGCCAUGGGCUUGGUUACAGGCCCAGGGAAGAAGUCCCUCGCUGACCAGCUGGCCGAGUUGGCCGACCCUACCCCGCGCGACUAUGACCCCGAGGAUCUGACCUUCACCGGCCGCAUCGACGACGCAGCGUCGUCAGAGUCGGACGGCGACGGUGCGGCUGCGACUGCAAAGCGUCGUAUGACCCGCUUUGAUAGGGCCUCUGACGACGAUGAUGAUACGGUUGCCGUUGGAUACUCGGUCGAAGAGGGUGUCAACGAUGCUCGCCAUCGCAUCCGCCCAGACAUCGCUCUCAACGAAGGCGUCUACGCCGGAGAGGUUGUCUCUUCGCGCAAGGUCUUUGACCGCGGCGAGCGGCGAGGCUCGGGCUCAGACUCGGGAUCGGGCUCAGGCUCGGGCUCGUCGCAACUGCCGAUGGCCGGCUACGAGCCGCAGCUCGAGUUUGACUCGAUGUCUGAAAGCUCCGGUAGCGGAUCGGGGAGCGAGAGCGGGGCCGAGAGCGAACACUCGGACUCAUUUGAGGCGAUGGAGGCACAGAUGCUGAAGCUUCAGUCGUCGAACGCGUCCAACGUGGCGUACCUCAAGUCGCAGCGCGAAGACGAGAUGGUUCGGGCACGGGCGGCCCUGUCGCAGUCGCGGAUCCACAGCGCGGUCCUUCAGUCGCGGGUGACGCUCCAGCAGCCGCUUGAGCUCGGCAACCGGCUGCCGGAGCCCGGCGUGCUUCCGGCGCUCGAGGCGCGGGAGCCCAAGGUGGCCAAGGCGGCGGCCGAGGCGCGUGCCGAGCUGGUGCGGACUCUGGCUGUUCUCGGCGAGUUGGAGGACCAGCUUGUGGCACAGGCGCCGAACGGACUGAGCGGAGACGAGGCGGCGACGGCCGCGCCGCUGGAGCUUGUCCCGCUGCCGCUGCCGUCGCACCCGCGCGAGAACCUGCGGCGGGCCGACGUGGCGGCAGCGGCCGAGGUUGAUCUCGACGAGCUGUGGGAGGCGCUGGCGGCGCGGCAGGCAGCGAUGAAGCCGCGUUGUGAGGCUGUCAUUGACGCGUGGAACCGCAAGGCCAUGCUUGCCGGCGGCAUGUCGUUCAAGAACCUGAAGCUCAAGACGCUCCACCGCCCGCUGGUGGAGCAAAUCCACGACCAGCUCCGCGACUCGUCGGCACUCCGGGCGACGAGCCAGAAGCUGCGGGCGCCCGAGACGGUGCUCUCGUGCGACGGGCGGUACAAGACGGGCGAUGACGAGGUGGUGGCGCACGACGAGACUGGUAAGCGCAAGUCGCGGAAGCGCAAGGCUCGCGACAUGGAGCGGCGGUCGGUCCACGUCUACGACGACGCCGACUUUUACCAGCGCCUGCUGCAGCAGCUCAUCACGACCGGCAACUCCAAGGACGAGCCUGUGGGCGGGUCCGGCGGCGAGGCCGGGCUUGAUCCGGUGGCCAUGUCGCGAGCGUGGCUCGCGCGCAAGCAGAAGCUCGAGCGGCACAAGGCUGGCAAGAAGUUGGUCGACACUCGUGCGACCAAGGGCCGCAAACUCCGCUUCAACGUCCAGCCAAAGCUGACCAACUUUAUGGCGCCCAAAGUACUGGAUGACGACGAAGCAGCAGGUGGCAUGGCCCUGCUCAAUGGGCUCUUUGGCUAUGACAUGCCGACGCACGGCGGCAACGAUCGUGCAGGGAGCGAGUCUGAUGCAGAGGAGACAGCGUAAACCAGCGUGGACACAA